AUGAAUUAAUAAGCAAAGGAACCACUUAAUCCAGCAGUUUGUGAAGUCUUUCAAAAACUGCUGUCAGAUGUAUUCAUUAAAAAGAUUUGGAAGGAAUUCAGAGAAUCAGGUAAUUUAUCUGAAGGUAAAAUGACCAAAUCUAAUUUUACUAAAGAGAUGUUAAAAUAACUGAAAUUGCAUGUCAAAAGUAGAGAAUACAGUUAUAUAUCCUCUUAAUUCUUUUUGAUUUUGGCUCCUGAAGAAUUCACAAGAUAUUAAAAUAAAAUGAAGAAUGAUUUUGAAGCCAUUGUUGAAAGAUCAUGUGCUGAAUCAUAUCGAUUUGAUCCAGAUACACAAUUGGUUCGAGAACCUGCAUAAAGACGAGAUAAUUAAUCAGAAAAACAUCAACCACCAGAUUAAGCCUUUGAAAAUUGGUUUAAGUAGAAUUAUGAUUAAUAAUUUCUUAAAUGGUUUGGAACUAAUUAUAAUUCUGACAAAAAAAAGAUGAAGAUUUCGGCUUUGGAUGGUUUGUUUGAAAGAUGGUUUAGGUCAAAUAAUGUUUAACCAAUAUUUGAAAAAGCAUAAUAAGAGAAAUCUUAGUAAGAGAAAACUUACUUUGAAAUUUGGGUUGGAAAGAAAUAUGAAACAUUGUUUGAAAAGUUAUUUGAAAGAUUUUAAUUGGAAUUUGAUGAUAAAAUUGAAAUCUAAGAUUUAGUACUAUCUCUUGGAGUAUUAGCAAGAAUGGAAUUAGAGAAGAAAUUGGAAUUGAUAUUUGAUUUAAGUGAUGUUGAUGAAGAUGGAUGUCUAUCUAUUGAUGAUAUACAAUAAAUGAUUAAAAGAAUAGAAAAGAAUUUUACAAGGGAAACUUCUCUUAUAACUAGUGAUUCAUAAGCAUUAUAAAAUGAAUUGGCUUUCAAAAGAGCUAUGAGAAAGUUUUCAUGGGCUACUAUUAAAAUGGAUAAACAGAUUGAAAUUAAAAAUGAUGAACUAGGUUUAAUUGAAGGAAAGAAGUUUCUCGACUCUCUUAAAUAAAACAAAAUGUUAUUUGAAACAUUUCUUCCUGGUUAACUCUUAUUAUAUGAUGUUUUAAUGACAGAUUAAGGAGAAAAAGAGUUUCAGAUACAAGAAAUCGAUAACAAAAUUCUAGAUGAAAAUCAAUUCAAGUAAGAACCUAAAAAGGAAGAUAUCAAAAAAGAAGAAUAGGUUGGAUAAUUUGAAUUGUUUAGAAAAGAAAUACAUGCUCAAUUAAGAAAUAAUUAUAAAGAUAAAUUGUCCAAAUAAUAUUUACAAGAACAUAAAGGCUAAGUUCGCUAUCCAGGUAAAAUGGAAGUAGUGUAAGUUGGUAAUCAAGCCAAAAGAGUUCCUAAAUUAGAAAAAUUUGAAGAGAAAAAAGAGGCUAAAAAGGAAAAAGAGGACACUUAAUAAAAUUAAUAAAAAUAAAACAAUAUUGAAUCUCAUGGUAUAAUUCCUAUAUUUAUCGAUAUAGAAAAAAGAUUGAAAGACAUGAGAGAACAACGACAGUAAUGGAACAUAGAGAGCAUAUUAAAAGAUUACAAAGCUGUAUGA